AUGAUGGCCUACCGCCCUUCCAAGACCGGCCGCCGUGCCGAGACCACUCCCGCUGCUGGUGUCACCACCACUGACAACAACAGCAGCAUCAACGGCAUCAGCAACAGCAGCAGUGCCAAUAUCGAGAAUGCCAAUGCCACCACCAUUGGCAACACUUCCUUCCCCCCUGUCCCUACCACUCCUGUCCGCGGUGGUGCCACCAAAGACGUCAUCACCAGCAGUCGUAUCCCCAUUGCCUACGACGGCAACAACACCACCACUACUACCAGAGACGGCAUGCUCGCCCUCGCGAGCCCCGCUGGAACCAUGUGCACCACGCCGAUGAGCGCGACCUCGUCGUCCUCUGUCGGCGGCGGCGGUCUCUCGUCAGCCACCCCAGUGACUCCUUUCACUCCUGUCACUCCUGGCGCUUUCACCAGUGGCGGUCACCACCACCACAACCACCAGCUGCCCCUGAGCCCAAGCACCCCGUUCACCCCAUUCACCCCUGCUGAUCUGGGCGUCAUGAUGGAGGAGAGCGGCGGCAUCACUGACGAGUGCGUUGGUUAUGGCGCUGCUGCUUCUGCUUCUGUUCGCAAUGGCAGUGUCAACUUCUCUGGCAACCAGAGCCAGAACCAGACUCGCACUCGUGUUAGUGCUCAGCAGGCUCGCGAGCACCACCACCAAGAGCAGUCGACCUAUGCCCACGCUGUCCAGACUCCUCAGCUCGGCGGUGGCCAGCCUCGCGGCCAGGUGUACACUCUCAACUCUGACCUCGGCGAUAUCCCUGAGCACGCUGUCCUCGAGAGCCAGCACGAGCUCGAGCAUGAGGAGCAGCCUCCUGCCUACCGCGCCGCUGUCGACGCCAACGGCCAGGAGAUCCUGACUGAUGCAGUGUACAACCCCUUGCACCCCAUCACCAUCACCCGCGCCACCCAGCACAACCUGAUCCGCUUCAAGGGCGUCGAGUACACCAUCUCCCAGAUGGAGAAGAUGCGCGUCGCGCUCAAGCUCGCGGUCAAGAACGGCGAGCUCCCACACUACGACACUCUCGGCCUCGCCGCGCACCACGUGCUCGACGACUACCACCGGCUCAUCGAGAUCCGGGUCACCCGGGCCAAGAUCGAGCGGGAGGCGGCAGAGCAGCAGGAGCAGCAAGCCACUGCGCUUGCGUCUGCUGCGGCGGCGGUCACUCGUGCUUCUUCUUCCUCUUCCGAUGCUGCCGCUUCUGCUUCUGGCACUGUUGCUGCGGCUGAUGCUGAUGCUGCUGAGACUUCAGGUACUGCUACUGAUGCGGCUGUCGUUGGCGGUCUGACCUCGGUCUCUGCUUCCGAGUUUGCUUCCGAGUCUGCUCUCCCGGCUGCGGAUGUGGUCUCGGCUGGCAGUGUUGUUGCUGUCUCUGGCACUGGCACUGCUCAGACUGGCAAUGCCACCACCACCGGUGCUGUUGCUUUGGCAUCUUCUGCUUCGGCUUGUGGUGCUGCUCAAGGCACUGCUUCUUCUCUUCUGGCCGGUACCCAGACCACCGAGACCACCGGAACCGGCACCGCGGGCACUGGAACUGCUACUGCUGUUACUGUCACAUCAGACACUUCCAAUGGCAUUAUCAUCACCGCCAACACUGCCGCAGCCGUGGCUGCAAGUGACGCUGCCGAAGACGGCACCACCAAGACCCUUCAUCCUCUUGCCUCACCAUCAGUGUCAUCCCCAGGCAACAACAACAACCUCCACAAGCACACCCAAAACAAGGUCGUCCUCCUCGACACCAACCUCGCCAAGCACAACCCCGUCGUCACCACCAACACCACCACCACCCAACACCAACACCACAACAACCAACAACACCCAGCCCUCCUAGAGCACUACAUCUCCUUCACGGCCAACCUGCGCGCCCGGAACCAGCACCUGGCCAGCGCCCUGCGCCACGCCUCCACCACCGCACAGGUCGACGCGCUCACGCACAGCGCGGGGGCCGGGGACACGCGGAUGUACACGCUCAUGCAGGCCGCGGUGCGGGAUGCGAUUGCGAACCAGGCUCGCGACGGCCGGCAUGGAGUGACUCCCGGGGUGGUCAUGGAGGGCGUGCUCGAGGAGAUCUUUGGCAUCAUCGAGGCCGGGUUCUUGGAUGCCGCGGGCCCGCUGAGGGCGAAUAACUGCCUGCUUAGGGAUACUUCUGCGACCUUGCAGGACGGGAAUGCCGCGCUGCAGAGCAACAACGAGGUGCUCGAGCAGAACAAUGUCGCCCUGCACGCGCAGGUCGGUGCCAUUGGCCAGCAUGUCGGCGCGAUUGGCAGCCAUGUCGGCGCCAUGGGAUCACACCUCGGUGCCAUGGGAGAGAACCUGCGCAGCGUGUCGGGUAACCUGAACGUCAUGGGUGGCCAGAUUGGUGUGUUGCAGACUGUCAUCCAGAUGCUGCCUACCAUGAUUGACAAGACUGUCGAAAAGGUUGUCAUGGAGAGCAUCACCGAGACCGCGCAGGAGAUCAUUGCUCCCCUCGGCCCCGUCAUCGUCGCGCAAAUCGAGGCUGCUCUUGCUGCAGCUGCAGCUGCUCAAGGCCAGCCUUCUCAGGACCCGGUUCAGCCCGCCCAGCGCAAGUUGAAGCGUGGAUGCCUCCUCUUCAAGAAGAAGGGCGACAAGAACUGA